GUUCCCCUCCUUCCCACCUCCCUCCCUUACUGUCACAGUCUCAAGUCAGAGAGGACAACUCCUAAGAGGAUAAUGGAGGCUCCUGGAAGAAGGACCUUUGUCGCUCUGUGUUUCUACACUGCACUACUUACUCUCUCAGCUCACUCUCUUGCUCCUUCCCUCUAUAACACUCUCUCUCACCCCUUCCUUCCCUCCUCUAUAAUACUCUCUCUCACCCCUUCCUUCCCUCCUCUAUAAUACUCUCUCUCACCCCUUCCUUCCCUCCUCUAUAAUACUCUCUCACCCCUUCCUUCUCUCCUCUAUAAUACUCUCUCUCACCCCUUCCUUCCCUCCUCUAUAAUCUCUCUCACCCCUUCCUUCCCUCCUCUAUAAUACUCUCUCUCACCCCUUCCUUCCCUCCUCUAUAAUACUCUCUCUCACCCCUUCCUUCCCUCCUCUAUAAUCUCUCUCACCCCUUCCUUCCCUCCUCUAUAAUACUCUCUCUCACCCCUUCCUUCCCUCCUCUAUAAUACUCUCUCUCACCCCUUCCUUCCCUCCUCUAUAAUCUCUCUCACCCCUUCCUUCCCUCCUCUAUAAUACUCUCUCUCACCCGUUCCUUCCCUCCUCUAUAAUACUCUCUCUCACCCCUUCCUUCCCUCCUCUAUAAUCUCUCUCACCCCUUCCUUCCCUCCUCUAUAAUACUCUCUCUCACCCCUUCCUUCUCUCCUCUAUAAUACUCUCUCUCACCCCUUCCUUCCCUCCACUAUAAUACUCGCUGUCACCCCUUCCUUCCCUCCUCUAUAAUACUCUCUCUCACCCCUUCCUUCCCUCCUCUAUAAUACUCUCUCACCCCUUCCUUCCCUCCUCUAUAAUACUCUCUCUCACCCCUUCCUUCCCUCCUCUAUAAUACUCUCUCUCACCCCUUCCUUCCCUCCCUCCUCAGAAGUAAACUCAGAGUUCGUCCACAUUCCGUCCGUGCUCAAUGGCGUCAAAGGGAAGUCCCUCCUCCUCUCCGUGGAGACUCACUUUCAAAAUGAGGAUGUUGAGAUCCAGGGCAGCUGGUACCAGACCCGGCCGGGGGGCCCCAAAACCCUCCUGGUGACCUUCCACAACCAUUCAGCCAUCAUGGUGGCCUCCAUGAGACACAGGAACCGCUUCUUUUUCCAGCCCCCCAACGCCUCUCUCCUGAUCCCCAGGCUGGACGAGGCGGCGGAGGGGGACUAUCACCUGGACCUGGAUAUUCACUUCCCCCAGAGACAGGAGCUCGUCAGGGUCGAGAGGACCAUCCAUGUCACUGUAGAUGUACCCGUGUCCACUCCUGUUAUCAGGAAGACCCCAUCUUCUACAGUUGUUGAGGACAAGGAGAACGUGACGUGGACCUGCUGGGUGGAGAACGGGACCAGGGUUCAGUACCAGUGGCUGAGGAACAACAUGCCACUAGAUGCUAGUGAUCGACAUCAGUUCUCACAGGAUAACUCUACUCUGGUGAUGAAUCCUGUGAGGAAGAAGGACAUUGGACAGUACCGCUGCCUGGCCAGGAAUCACAUCAGCCAGAGACAGAGCCACACCCUGGACCUUAAUGUAUUCUAUGGUCCUUACAACCUGGCUGUAAAGUCUGAUCAUGGCCUGAGGACCGGGGAGGUCUUCACAGUGAACCCUGGUGAGCUGGUGUUCUUCGACUGUCAGGCCGACUCCAACCCUCCCAACAGCUGUAUGUGGAUCUCUAAGACCAACAACGGCACUGAGGUCAUCACUGUGGGACUGCGCCUGGAGGUCACUUCAUACAAGCUGGCCCAGGCCGAGGAGUUCCUGUGCAGGGCGUAUAACAAUGUGACCCAGAAGCAGGAUGAGACCCAGUUCACCCUGGUGGUGGCCAGCUUGGGGACAGGAAAGGAGAGCUAUGUCCAGGAGAGCAACUCAUUCUCUCCUCUGGCUGCCAUCACUCUGUCCUGUCUGUUCAUUACUGGCUGCAUGUUACUGGUCUACUUCAUAAAGACCUGUCAUCAUCCCAAGAGAGCUCUCAUGAACAUCUAUAACAGACCUUUGACAGAACCGAAGCGCCCACACUGUUCAGGUCAUGAGGAUGCAACUGAAGACUUUGGCAUCUAUGAGUUUGUCUCUAUACCUGGGAAAAUGGAAUCUACACAGGCAUCAAGCAGAUCUCUGGCACACCUAGAGUCUGUCCAGGAUUUGCAUACCACCAUCUAUGAUGUCAUUCGGCACAUCCCUGAAACUCCCACCCUGGCUAACCAAAGUCUGCUGUUGAAGCAGUGUGAAGCCUAACUAGAGACCAGAAUAUUAUUAAAGAUACUUUCUGAGUCCCCAAGUGGAACCAUAUUCUCUGUAUAAUGCACUAUUUUUGACCAAAGCCCUAUUUCUAGAUAGGGAAUAGGGUGCCAUUUGGGACACAGUAAACAUUGUAAACAUUGUGUAAAUGAACUCCAGUGAGGUUUUCCUCCUGACAAGUGUACAUACCUUCACCAAAGUCCAAAUCACUUCUCUGAAAUCCCAUGGACAUUAUUCAUCAAUGGAUGAAUCCAAAGAGCUUUAAUGUGUGAAUAAGAUAUACUGUAUUGAUCUACUGGAAUCUAAGAUAUCUCUGCUAGUGAACUUGUUAUCUGUUUGAAUGACUGUGUUACUAAUCCUGUCAGCCGUUCAUUUACACUACAGGAACAUAUGGUACAGUUCCCACGUCUUACUUACUAUUUUCAAAUAUUAUAUUUAUUUACUUUAAAGUACAAGGGUUUUCUUUGAGAUCUCAUGAAUAUAUUUUUCUCUUGUGCUAUUUCAAGCUCUCUCUGGAAGUGGGCAAGUAUAUUUGGAUGAAUGAAUUAUCACAUUGCAAGCGAGAUACUGUCUGAUGGCUGUGUUGUCAAACAUCAUUUUUUAGCAUGUAAAUACAUCUAUUCUACAGUGCAUGCAAUUACUUUAUUUUUAUUUCAAGAAAUUACAUUUUGUUUUACUGAAUAAGUCCUAUUUAUUUCCAAGUAAACGGAUGAUGGUCCUCUCUUUCUGAUGUAGCAUUUUUUAUCUUGACAUUGUCAAAUACACUCCAUCGGAGGUUGAAAUGCCAGGUGUGCUGUUGCCUGUCUGCAAAGUUUCCUGAUACAGAUAUGUGCUUUUUGGAUUUUUAAUAAAGAUUUAUAACAAUUUGA